AUGGGUAAAAAGCAAGCAAGCCCUGCCUAUGUCCUAGGCGUAGGCAUGACCAAGUUCAUCAAGCCUCGCGGCAAGGUCGACUAUCACGAGCUGGGCUACGAAGCCGGCAUCAAGGCCAUGCUCGACGCCAAGAUCAACUACGACGAUGUCGACCAGGGUGUUGCAUGCUACGUCUACGGUGAUAGCACUUGCGGCCAGCGCGUCUUUUAUCAAUUCGGUCAGACCAGUAUACCUAUUUAUAACGUCAACAACAACUGCUCGACCGGGUCUACUGGUCUCGCUAUGGCUCGCCAGAUGGUUUCAUACGGUGCUGCGGACUGUGUUCUCGUUGUCGGCUUUGAGAAGAUGAACCCCGGUAGCUUGCAGUCGAUGUACAACGACCGUGAGAACCCGACGAGUCUGUUUGGAAUGAUGAUGGCUGAGACGCGCGGUGUGACCAAUGCGCCCGGCGCAGCGCAGAUGUUCGGUAAUGCCGGUGUCGAAUACAAGGAGAAGUACGGAGCUAAGAACGAAGACUUCGCCGAAAUCGCCCGCGUUAACCACGAGCACUCCAAGCGCAACCCCUACUCGCAAUUCCAGACCGAAUACUCCCUCGAGCAAGUGAUGAAUGCACCCAUGAUCCACGAGCCCCUGACAAAGCUGCAAUGCUGCCCGACCUCCGACGGUGGUGCUGCCGCCGUCGUCGUCUCGCAGGAGUUCCUGGACGCACGCCCCCAUCUCAAGGAGCAAGCGAUUCAGAUCGCGGGUCAAAGUCUCGCUACUGAUACCGCCGCUGUCUUCAACCGUAGCUCGAUCGACCUGAUGGGCUUCGGUAUGUCGCGCCAAGCUUGUCGCACUGCUGUAGCCGAGGCUGGUGUCAAUGUUAAGGAUAUCAAGGUCUGUGAGUUGCAUGACUGCUUCUCGGCCAACGAGAUGAUUACUAUUGAUGCUCUUGAGCUGUGUGAGCCUGGUAAGGCUCACGAGAUGGUCCGUAAAGGUGAUAUCACUUACGGCGGCAAGAUGGUUAUUAACCCGUCCGGUGGCCUUAUCUCCAAGGGUCACCCGCUUGGAGCUACUGGUAUCGCUCAGUGUGCUGAGUUGGUCUGGCACCUGCGUGGUUGGGCCAACAACCGUCUUAUCGACGGUACUUCCUCUGCUUUGCAGCACAACCUUGGUCUUGGUGGUGCGGUCGUUGUGACUGUGUACAAGCGUGCCGACGGCAAGGUUGCUGCUGCUGUGCCAUCUGAUGUCGUUGGCAAGCUCAAUGGUCUUGGAUAUAACCCGGCUGUGGAAGCCAAGGGCUUCACAGCUGAGCAGGCCAAAUCUGUGGUGAGCAAGAAUUAUAACUCCGAGUAUAACCUGUCUGCUUCGCAAGAUACCGAGGAACGGGUUCUUGCCAGAUUCUAG